AUGGAGGCGAUCGAUGAGUUGUCUCAGCUUUCGGAUUCGAUGAGACAAGCGGCGGCGCUGCUCGCUGACGAAGAUCCUGAGGAGAGCUCUUCUUCUAGACGACCGGCCACUUCUCUCAACGUCGUUGCCCUAGGGAAUGUGGGAGCGGGGAAGUCGGCAGUGUUGAAUAGCUUAAUCGGCCACCCCGUGUUGCCGACGGGAGAGAAUGGUGCCACACGGGCUCCUAUAAUCAUUGACCUGAGUAGGGAAGAAUCACUGAGCAGCAAGGCAAUAAUCUUACAAAUUGACAAUAAAACUCAACAAGUUUCUGCAAGUGCCCUAAGACAUUCUCUACAAGAUAGGCUGAGCAAAGGAGCCACAGGGAGGGGUCGUGAUGAAAUAUACCUAAAGCUUCGUACAAGCACAGCUCCACCACUAAAAUUGAUUGAUUUGCCUGGAUUGGACCAGAGAAUUGUGGACGAUUCAAUGAUUGCUGAACAGGCACAGCACAAUGAUGCCAUACUGCUGGUUGUUGUGCCGGCUAGCCAGGCAUCUGAAAUUUCGUCAUCUCGAGCCCUGAAGACCGCAAAGGAGUAUGAUCCAGACAGCACUAGGACUGUUGGUAUUAUCAGCAAAAUUGACCAGGCAACAGAGAACCCAAAAUCCCUUGCAGCAGUUCAGGCUCUUCUUUCAAAUCAGGGACCUUCAAAAACAACUGAUAUUCCUUGGGUUGCACUUAUUGGUCAAUCUGUCGCAAUUGCAUCAGCGCAGUCUGGAGGAAGUGAGAACUCCUUAGAAACUGCUUGGCGUGCUGAGAGUGAAAGUCUUAAAUCCAUUUUGACUGGUGCUCCACAAAGCAAACUAGGCAGAAUUGCCCUGGUGGACACCCUUGCUAGCCAGAUUCGUAGCAGAAUGAAGCUUAGACUGCCAAAUAUCUUAUCUGGGCUCCAGGGUAAGUCUCAAAUAGUGCAGGACGAAUUAGCAAGGCUUGGUGAACAACUGGUUAACAGUGCUGAAGGUACAAGGGCUAUAGCUUUGGAGCUUUGCCGUGAGUUUGAGGACAAGUUUCUUCUCCACUUGGCUGGUGGUGAAGGAAGUGGUUGGAAAGUUGUUGCAAGUUUUGAAGGCAAUUUCCCUAACCGUAUCAAGCAGCUUCCAUUGGAUAGAUAUUUUGACUUAAAUAAUGUCAAAAGGAUCGUGUUAGAGGCAGAUGGUUAUCAACCGUAUCUUAUAUCUCCUGAGAAAGGGUUGAGAUCGUUAAUAAAAAUUGUUCUUGAAUUGGCUAAAGACCCAGCAAAACUAUGCGUUGAUGAGGUUCACCGAGUACUUGUUGACAUAGUUUCAGCUUCUGCGAAUGCCACACCUGGUCUUGGGAGAUAUCCUCCUUUUAAGAGAGAGGUUGUAGCUAUAGCAAGUGCCGCACUUGAUGGAUUCAAGAGUGAAGCUAAGAAGAUGGUAGUUGCAUUAGUUGAUAUGGAACGUGCGUUUGUACCACCCCAGCACUUCAUCCGCCUCGUGCAAAGAAGAAUGGAAAGGCAGCGUCGUGAGGAAGAGCUAAAAGGGCGUUCCUCCAAAAAGGGACAAGAUGCAGAGCAGUCUAUGUUAAACCGGGCAACUAGUCCUCAGCCAGAUGGGCCAUCGACUGGUGGUAGCUUGAAAUCAUUGAGAGACAAAUUGAUGCCGCAAGACAAAGACAAAGAUAAAGAUAAAGAAACACCGGAGGUCUCUGGUCUGAAGACUGCUGGACCUGAGGGAGAAAUAACAGCAGGGUACCUAAUGAAGAAAAGUGCAAAGACAAAUGGGUGGAGUAGGCGAUGGUUUGUUCUGAAUGAAAAAACUGGAAAGCUUGGUUAUACGAAAAAGCAAGAAGAAAGGAACUUCCGAGGCACUGUCACUUUGGAGGAAUGCAGUAUCGAAGAAAUUCCUGAUGAAGAAGCAGAAAAAUCAAAGAGCUCGAAAGAUAAGAAAUCAAAUGGACCUGAUUCGAAAGGGCCAGGCCUUGUAUUUAAGAUAACAUGCAGGGUUCCAUAUAAAACUGUACUUAAAGCUCACAAUGCGCUGGUUCUCAAAGCCGAGAGCAUGGUCGAUAAGAAUGAAUGGAUUAAUAAGCUGCAAAAGGUUAUACAGGCCCGAGGAGGCCAAGUUGGUAACAUUUCCAUGAGACAAAGUCUUUCAGAAGGUUCACUUGAUAAGAUGGUUAGGAAACCAGCUGACCCGGAAGAGGAAUUGCGGUGGAUGUCCCAAGAAGUACGUGGUUACGUCGAAGCUGUUCUCAACAGCUUAGCUGCAAAUGUUCCAAAGGCCGUUGUUCUUUGUCAAGUGGAGAAAUCAAAAGAGGACAUGCUUAAUCAGCUAUACAGCUCUAUCAGUGCGAUAGGUAACGAGAGGAUUGAAUCGUUGAUUCAAGAGGAUCAGAAUGUGAAAAGACGAAGAGACCGUUACCAGAAGCAAUCCUCUCUUCUUUCAACGCUCACAAGGCAGCUCAGCAUUCACGACAACCGAGCCGCCGCUGCUUCAAGCUGGUCUGACACUAGUGGCAAUGAGGCCAGCCCAAGAACCAAUGGAGGUUCGUCAGGGGAAGAUUGGAUGAACGCUUUCAACGCUGCUGCUAGUGGAUCUGACUCAUUGAAAAGGUACGGAUCUGGUGGUCAUAGCCGGCGUUACAGUGAUCCAGCUCAGAACGGUGAGGAUUCUUCUGGAUCCGGCGGAGGAAGCAGCCGUCGUACCACGCCGAACCGGCUCCCACCAGCACCGCCACAGUCUGGAUCGUCUUACAGGUAUUAG